GUGACGUCACCGCUUGUCUGCCCGAGUGUCACGCUGCUAUAAAGCCACCUCUAUGUACUGAGUUAGUCUUUUCCCCACCGGAAAGCUGCUGAGAUCCCGAGUCUGGGCUACGACGUAGCUUCGACUUACUCCACCGCCAUGGCAGACCAGGCUUUUGUGACGUUAGCUACCAAUGACAACUAUGCGAGGGGAGCCAUGGUUUUGGGCAAGUCCCUGCGCAACCACAACACAUCCAAGAAGCUGGUGACACUCAUUGGUCCCCACGUGUCAGACCCCUACCAGUCUGUGCUGAAGAGGAUCUUCGAUGAGGUGAGGAUGGUGGAUGUGCUGGACAGUGGCGACACGGCUCACCUAGCUAUGAUGAAGAGGCCCGACUUGGGUGUGACCUUCACCAAACUCCACUGCUGGACCCUCACACAUUACUCCAAAUGUGUCUUCAUGGACGCAGACACACUGGUGGUCUCAAAUGUAGAUGAGCUGUUUGAAAGGGAAGAAUUGUCAGCUGCUCCUGACCCUGGCUGGCCUGACUGCUUCAACUCUGGCGUGUUUGUCUUCUGUCCGUCGAUGGAGACCUAUGGCAAACUUCUUCAGUACUGUACAGAGCAUGGCAGCUUUGAUGGAGGGGACCAAGGCAUUUUGAACGGCUUCUUCAGCAACUGGGCGACAGCUGACAUCUCAAAACACCUCCCCUUUAUCUACAACCUCAGCAGCAUAGCCAUCUACACUUACCUUCCAGCAUUCAAGCAAUAUGGUAGCAAUGCCAAGGUGGUCCAUUUCCUAGGGAAGACCAAGCCAUGGAGCUACACGUUCGACCCCAAAGCCAAACAGAUCAAGGGAGACGCGCCGGAAGCUGCGGCCCACCCCUCCUUCCUGCUGGAAUGGUGGAUGCUGUAUUCCAGCGCUGUGGUGCCCAUGCUCCAGCAGCACCAUGGGGAACAGCCUUUCCACUCGGGAUGCGUGGAGCAGUCAAAAAGCAGUUUUCCUAUUCCUCUUCCUAAUUGUCAACCUAAUCAUCUGAUAAAGUACACGUGCAGUGACAUGAUCAUUGUUGGGAAUGGCAAGGAGGAGACCCACAUGUCACAUGCACAAGCCCCUCCUCCAUCCUUGUCUUCGGAGGAGAGGAAGCAGAAGUGGGAGCAGGGACAGGCGGACUACAUGGGAAUGGACUCAUUCGAGAAUAUCGAGAGGAAGCUUGACGCUUUUCUCAAAUAGAGAGGAAGGAAUGAGUAGUCAUUCACAUGGGCCCUCGCUGCUCAACACAUCGAUUCCAUAGGUCACUUACAAACGCGCAGUAGUGAAAGUUUAGACUUCCACCUUGUCGUUCAAAUAGAAAUCGGCUAAGCCACCACUAUCACCACCCUUUCCUGACUCCAAAGACAGUGCCUUUGCAAUGGGAAAUGUAGCUAAAAUAUUGUAUCUAUCUAUGCAUUGCUGUCAUCUUGCAGUCAGCCUGUCUCUAGUGUCUGAUGCACUACAUAGAGAAGAAUGCCAGGCCAAUGUGACUUAUAAUAACAUGGAAUUUUUUUUUUUUUUUGUACUCUGGUGUGUUUCCUGUCCUCUGAUUUCCCUCGCAAAAUGUGAAUUAAACAUUCAAUCAAAUGAGUUUUGGCUAGGUGUGAAAACAGCUCCUGUAUUUUGUAGUUGGGACACUUUGCCAAAUUGUUUUUUCUUUUUUUCUUUUUCUUUUUUGCACUCUAAUCCCCAUUUUGGUUGAAGGGUAAGGGAACCAUAUCAGAUGUAUUGGUCCUGCUGUCUGUGUGGGUUUAGCUUUGCAAGACAUUGACAUGUAUAUUCUCUGCAUUUCUUUUUUUUUUUUUUUUUUUUUUUUUUUACUGUUCGGUUAAAAGAGGUAAAGGCCGUUCAGUCUUCUGAUCUUUAACAUUUUCAUUCAGUUCUCAGAGCUUGAAACUAUUUUUCUCUUGAAACUAACAGCUGCCUCUUUUGUACGUUAAAAAAAAUGUUUACAACAUCUCUGUAAAGAUUUGAAGAGCAUCUUUUGGCCUUCUACACUAGACCCUCAGUGCCUGUUACACUCCUCUCUCUAUUUUUGCCUUAGAAGCUCGUUCUGCUGUCCUUUGCACCGAGGUGGUUUGCUCUUAAGCUCACCACUGCUUUACUUGACCCAGAUGUUGCCUGUAUCACAGCCCCUUCCACCUGGAGAAUUAAAGACGUUGUUACAAGUA